AUGCCCAGCAGGACCGGCCGCAAGAUGGACGGGGGCGGAGGCCGUGGCCGCCUGAAGGCGCACUACAGCGGGGACAUUCUGAUCACCGGCCCGGACUCCGCCACCACCUUUGACAAGCUCUGUGAGGAGGUGCGGGAGAUGUGCCACCUCCACCAGGACCACCCGCUCACCCUCAGGUGGGUGGACAGUGAAGGUGACCCCUGCACUGUGUCCUCCCAGAUGGAGCUGGAGGAGCCCUUCCGCCUGUCGUGUCAGCGCAAGGACGAAGGGCUCAUCCUUCACGUUUUCCCCAGCACCUCCGAGGAGCCAGGCAUGCCCUGUCCGGGAGAAGACAGAAGAAAACCUCGUGCCCACGAGCCGUCACAGCUCCUCCGCUCAGCUCCCGACAGCCACCAAACUGCGCCAUCUCUGAGGAGUUACCUGGUGUAGACAUUUCAUGUAAAUGGA